UUUGCCACCUGAACUUGGAGAAGGUUUUGAAAACUUGAUCUCAGUUCUUCCCACUUCCUUUUCCAAAGCAUGAAGAGAAGAAGAACAUGAAUCCAAAUGGUCCAAAUCUUGUAUUUUUACUGAAUAAAAGUCUCACCUUGAACCAACUAAAACAAAUCCAUGCACCCAUUAUCACCAAUGGCCUUAACGAGCUUCAGAGCCUCUUGCUCCGCCAUGUCCUCCACUCAAAUUUCACUUACUCUAGAACUAUAGCUCAGUAUGUGCACCAAAUCCUUCACAAUUUGCAAAACCCAGAUGACUUUUCAUGGGGUUGUGCCAUUCGUUUCUUCUCUCUGCAUUUCCAGUACAAAACGGCUUUGUCUCUUUACGUUCAAAUCAAAAGGCUAGGACUGUGCCCAACUAGUUUUGCUGUGUCCUCAGCUCUAAGGGCAUGUGCUAGGAUUGUACAUAAGGUGUGCGGGACUUCAAUCCAUGCCCAGGUUCAUAAGUAUGGGUUUUGCGGCUGUGUUUAUGUACAAACUGCCCUUGUGGACUUGUAUUCUAAACUGGGUGACAUGGAAACUGCACGGAAGGUGUUUGAUGGAAUGACAGAGAAGAAUGUGGUUUCUUGGAAUUCUAUCUUAUCUGGGUAUUUGAAAGCUGGGAAUAUGGAAGAGGCUCAGGUGGUGUUUGAUGAGAUUCCGAAUAAGGAUGUUGUGUCUUGGAAUUCAAUGGUUUCGGGGUAUGCAAGAAUAGGGAAUAUGGACAAGGCGUUUUUCUUGUUUCAACAAAUUCCAGAGAGGAGUUCAGCAUCUUGGAAUGCAAUGAUUAGUGGUUUUGCGGAUUGUGGAAGAAUGGAAUCGGCACGAAGCAUUUUUGAUUCCAUGCCAUUAAGAAAUAAAGUUUCUUGGAUUGCCAUGAUUAGCGGGUACUCAAAAUGCGGCAAUGUUGAGUCUGCUCGUCAACUCUUUGAUCAGAUGAGUGAGAAAGACGUGCUUUCUUUUAAUGCCAUGAUAGCUUGCUAUGCGCAAAAUAGUCAACCAAAGGAUGCCCUUGAGCUGUUCAACCAGAUACUUAAACGGGAGGUGAAUAUUCAACCAAAUGAGAUGACUUUGGCGAGUGUUAUAUCUGCUAGUUCACAACUGGGAGAUUUGAAAUUUGGGUUAUGGAUUGAGACGUAUAUGAGUAAGGAUGGAAUUGAAUUAGAUGAUCAUUUGGCUACUGCUUUACUUGACUUGUACACAAAAUGUGGAGACAUUGAAAGGGCAUAUAAGUUGUUUCAUGGCUUGAAAAAGAGAGAUGUAGUUGCUUAUUCAGCGAUGAUCUUGGGUUGCGGCAUAAAUGGUAAGGCAGUUGAUGCAACCAAGAUGUUUGAGGAGAUGGUAAGCGCCCAAAUUUGCCCAAAUUCGGUCACAUACACUGGGCUACUAACUGCCUAUAACCAUGCUGGUUUGGUUGAAGAAGGCUACCGAUGCUUUAAUUCAAUGAAUGACCAUGGAGUUGUGCCUUCAGGCGAUCAUUAUGGGAUCAUGGUCGACCUUUUAGGCAGGGCAGGACAGUUCGAUAAAGCACUUGAGCUAAUAAGGAGCAUGCCGAUGCAACCUCAAGCUGGGGUGUGGGGAGCCUUGCUUCUUGCUUGCUCAUUACACAAUAAUGUUGAGCUUGGAGAGAUUGCCGCUCGGAAUUGCUUUAAAUUGGAGCCUGAUAAAAGCGGUUAUUAUGCUCUUCUUGCCAACAUUUAUGCUUCUGCUGAGAGAUGGGACGACGCGAGGAAAUUGAGAAAGGUUAUGGAGAAGAAAGGAUUCACCAAGAUUCCUGGGUGUAGCUGGAUGCAAUCAAUCUGAAUUGUUUUACAAUUACAAGCUCAGAAGUACAACAUGUACAAUAGUUGGGCAGAAAAAGUUAGAAUUCCUGUAGAAAACCAGAUGAAUUCUGUGGACUGUCCUCAGCUGGCAGGGACUUUUCUUGUAGGUCUCCUCUUCAUUCUUCAAUUCUUUACCUAGCAAGGUACACAAGUAAGAUUUUCUUGAUCUUCAGCUAACUCCUUGGUUGAGUUUAUGUAACAGUAAUAAUUGUUAUUUUAAAUCACUAAAGAAACUGUUUAAAAACAGGAAUAUUUUAGACCAUCUCCAUUUAUUGUA